GGCGGGACUUCCGGCUGGGCGCCAUCUCGCCGUGAGACAGCAGCCUCCGGGGUAACGCGAUGUUGUCGACGGCCGCGGGGUGCUGGCGACCCGACAGAGACCUGGCGAUGGAGGCCCACAGCGCCACGGGCCCUUUGCAGCUGCGCUUUUCGCCCUACGCUUUCAACGGAGGGACCGUAUUGGCAAUCGCUGGAGAAGAUUUUUCCAUUGUUGCUUCUGACACUCGAUUGAGUGAAGGAUUUUCAAUUCACACCAGGGACAGCCCCAAGUGUUACAGAUUAACAGACAAAACAGUUAUUGGAUGCAGCGGAUUUCAUGGAGACUGUCUUACCCUGACAAAGAUUAUUGAAGCAAGACUAAAGAUGUAUAAGCAUUCCAAUAACAAGACCAUGACUACAGGGGCGAUUGCUGCGAUGCUGUCUACAAUCCUCUACUCAAGGCGCUUCUUUCCAUACUAUGUUUACAACAUCAUCGGGGGACUGGAUGAAGAAGGGAAAGGAGCUGUGUAUAGCUUUGACCCAGUAGGAUCCUACCAGAGAGACUCCUUCAAGGCUGGAGGCUCAGCAAGUGCCAUGCUGCAGCCCCUGCUUGAUAACCAGGUUGGUUUUAAAAACAUGCAGAAUGUGGAACAUGUCCCACUGUCCUUGGACAGAGCCAUGCGGCUUGUGAAGGACGUCUUCAUUUCAGCAGCUGAGAGGGACGUGUACACUGGGGAUGCACUGAGAAUCUGCAUCGUGACCAAGGAGGGCGUCAGGGAGGAGACCGUUCCCCUGAGGAAGGAUUGAUGUGUGUGCUGCGGUCACUAAUCACUGCAAAACCGGUUAAGUUUGUAUCUUGGAACUAUUGGACUGAUUUGUUUUAUUAAAAAAUAAAACCUGAAGUAAUUAUUCUAAGCAGGA